GAGGAAGAUUAUCGACCGGAGUACGAAUGGCCAGGAGAAGAGGAAGAACUGGGCCUACCUAUCAGACAACCCGUGCGCACGAUGCGGCUCGUGGCUCUCCGUAGCCGUAUUUUAGCCAAAGGCCAAGGCAUUGCGGUGAUUGACGCCUACGACGAGUGUCAAAUCGGUCGCGACGCGGCGCCUGCGGGGGUGACGAAGCCCCGGAUCCGCUUGAAGGAGAUGGAGGUCUCGAAAUUACACGCAACCGUUUAUUGGGACACAUAUAGGAAGGAAUGGGCAGUCGUCGACAUGGGGUCUAUGCAUGGAACGUUCGUCCUGUCGAAUAUACCAGGGCAGGCAUCUACCUCCGACGCGGCAUUGGCGUCACCCACGGGAGCCCGAUUGUCUCCUUCCCGCGUGGCGAGUGUACCUCGACGUCUCUCUCAUCUCGACCUCAUUACUAUCGGCAGCACAACUUUCUGCCUUCAUUUUCACGGUCGCGAUCCACCUUGCGAAGAGUGUUCCCUCCACGCAGGUGGCGAAAUCCCCCUCUUUCCAAAGCCUAAGAAGGUGAAACCGACAGUCGAGGUUGAACCGUCACCUACCGUGACUUCAGGCGAGACUGUUGAUCCACGGAAGGCGCUCGCCUCGCUGAAGCGCAACAUGCUCUCGCGCCACGCACAACCCACCUCGGCCGAUCGUGGUACGGGCAAGCGCUACGUCGAUCGCUCUGCUCGUCGACGCGCGCUAUACCCGCACUCGCCCGCGGACGCGCCGGGUACUUCUUCACCGAAACCUGCUAUCGUAUCAUCGCCCGUUCCUACUAGACCGCCCACUCCACCUGCACCAGAUCCCGUUUCGGCUCCGGCGACGCCCCUCCCGUCUACGAACAUCGGCCACAAGCUACUCAUGAAGCAAGGAUGGGCACCUGGGACGGCACUCGGUCUGCCAGGCGAAGACGCGGCGAGUACGCACCGGGUCGAGCCCAUCGAGGUGAACGCGAACGUGCGGAGAGCAGGCAUCGGCAUCCAAGCCGCGCAGCAGAUCGCCGCGCCAUCACCGACCUUCGGGGACUGGAAGGAGGACGGAAAACGGAAAAGAUGGGAAAAUUUCCAGCGUCCGGGGUUCGGCUCUUAAACGUCUAACUUGCAACACCUGCUUCGCGCCCGUGCGACGCGCCGUCGAUCGGCAUCGUUAUGGCCGACCGUUGUCUGUCUGUGCAGGUCGAUACCCCCGCGGCCUUGCCGAGGUUCACACCACCACGAAAUGGCACGAUGCGCGCCCAUAGUCCC